AUGUCCUCGUCAGCACCCAUGCUCACCAUCCCGCACCACCCCGCGCGCUCCGCCAAAGAUGCCGCCGCCGCCGCCGUCUCCAUUGAACCGCCCUGUCCCAGCUGCACCCUGCGCUCGCGCCAGACACAGCCCUACACCACGCCCACCCCGGGCCACCCAGACUACUGGAUCGAGAAGCUUAUCCACCUCGUGCUCGACACCGUCCCUGGAAUGGAGGAGAAGAUGACCGAGAGACACGCCGAGCGCAACCAGAUCCUGAGACUCGUGAGGACAUUUUGCGGCGUAGAGUUUCGAACGAAGAAGGAGGCGAGGCAUCAGACCACCAAGACGUGGCUUUAA